GGCGAGCGGAGCCAGAGUCGAGACCAGAGGCCGAACUCGGGAUCUGACAAGAUGGCCGGGCUGCCCCGCAGGAUUAUCAAGGAAACCCAGCGUUUGCUGGCAGAACCAGUUCCUGGCAUUAAAGCAGAACCAGAUGAGAGCAACGCCCGUUAUUUUCAUGUGGUCAUUGCUGGCCCUCAGGAUUCCCCCUUUGAGGGAGGGACUUUUAAGCUUGAACUAUUCCUACCAGAAGAAUACCCAAUGGCAGCCCCUAAAGUACGUUUCAUGACCAAAAUUUAUCAUCCUAAUGUAGACAAGUUGGGAAGAAUAUGUUUAGAUAUUUUGAAAGAUAAGUGGUCCCCAGAACUGCAGAUCCACACAGUUCUGCUAUCUAUCCAGGCUUUGUUAAGUGCUCCCAAUCCGGAUGAUCCGUUAGCAAACGAUGUAGCAGAGCAGUAGAAGACCAACGAGGCCCAAGCCAUAGAAACAGCUAGAGCAUGGACUAGGCUAUAUGCCAUGAAUAAUAUUUAAAAUCGAUCUGAUCAUCAAGUGUGCAUCACUUAUCCUGUUCUGCCAAGACUUCUUCCUUUUUUGUUUGCAUUUAAUGGACACAGUCUUAGAAACAUUACAGAAUAAAAGCCCAGACAUCAUCAGUCCUUUGGUGAUUAAAUGCACAUUAGCAAAUCAAUGUCUUGUCCUGAUUCACUGUUGUAAAGCAUGAGCAGAGGCUAGAAGUACCAUCUGGAUUAUUGUGAAACAUUUAAAAGCAGCGGCCCUUCUCUGCUUUUAUUCAUUUCCCCCAUCAUGGUUAAGCACUGUGAGUGAAGGUAGUUGUCAGGGUUAGCUGCAGGGGUUUGGGUGUUUUUCUUUAUUACUUUUUUGAGGGGGAGAGGUAGUUUUAUUUUAAUUUUAUGGGCUCCUUUCCCCCUUUUUAUGGUGAUCUAAUUGCAUUGGUUAAAAGCAGCUAACCAGUUCUUUAGAAUAUGCUCUCUAGCCAAGUCUAACUUUAUUUAGACACUGUAGAUGGACAGCUUGAUUGUUUGAACCAAAAUGGGAACAUUAAACAAACAUCACAGCCCUUACUAAUAACAUUGUGACUUUGCUGUCAAGUGUAGAAUCCUUCCUUCAAGAAAAAGCUUGUGACCAUUUUGUAUGGCUUGUCUGGAAACUUCUGUAAAUCUUAUGUUUUAGUAAAAUAUUUUUUGUUAUUCUA